AUGGACCUAAGUAAUUCUCAGGAACAGUCAGUGGCUACAGAAGGACAGGAAGUUUUGAAAGACUGUAAUGUGAACAAAUUCCAGGAGAUGGAAAACAUGGAUAGUAGGGAAGAUAUGAAAGAGCACAGUCAACCUCAUGAAGAAACAGGAGAUGACUUGGUUAAAGUGAAGGGUGAAUACAAUGAAAGAGAAGAGAGUGCUUUGAAUUCAGAGCCUAUGGAAAAUACAGAAGAAUCUGAAAUACCUUACAGCUAUCCAAGAGAAUAUAAUGAAUAUGAGAGCAUUAAACUGGAGAGACAUUCUGGUUCAUAUGACAACAUCAGGCCAACUAGUGGAAAGAUGAACUGCGAUGUCUGUGGAUUAGCCUGCAUUAGCCUCAAUGUCUUGAUGGUUCACAAGCGUAGCCACACUGGUGAACGGCCAUUCCAGUGUAAUCAGUGCGGAGCGUCCUUUACUCAGAAGGGUAACCUCCUCCGCCACAUUAAACUACAUACAGGGGAAAAACCUUUUAAAUGUCAUCUUUGCAGCUAUGCCUGCCAAAGGAGAGAUGCACUAACAGGUCACUUAAGGACACAUUCUGUGGAGAAGCCCUACAAAUGUGAGUUUUGUGGAAGGAGUUACAAGCAGAGAAGCUCAUUAGAGGAGCAUAAAGAGCGAUGUCGUACUUACUUGCAGAGCACUGGCAUGUGUGAGGCUGGUAACGUGGAGGCAAGGCACAUCAAAGCAGAGAUGGGGACUGAAAGAGCACUCGUGCUGGACAGGUUAGCGAGCAACGUGGCAAAGCGAAAAAGUUCAAUGCCUCAGAAAUUUAUUGGUGAGAAGCGACAUAGCUUUGACAUUAAUUACAAUUCCAGUUUCUUGUAUGAAAAGGAAAGCGAAAUGAUGCAAGGACGUAUGAUGGACCAGGCCAUAAAUAAUGCGAUCAGCUAUCUUGGAGCAGAAGCACUGCGUCCCCUUGUACAAACCCCACCAGCUCCCACUUCUGAGAUGGUCCCUGUCAUCAGCAGCUUGUAUCCCAUACCACUCACCCGCUCUGAAAUGUCAAAUGGCAAUCCACAAGACACAGAGAAGAGCCAUGCCCACCUUAGAGACAAAAGUUUGUCUUCUGACAGAGGCCUUUCCCCAAACAACAGUGGCCAAGACUCCACAGAUACUGAUAGCAACCAUGAGGAGCGCCAGAGUCACACCUACCAUCAAAACCAAAUGAUCCCCUCCCAGGUCCGCAAUGGCCUCCAAUCUUUGAAGGAGCUCCCAAGGCCAUAUGACAUAAUCAAGCCACCAACCAUAUGCCCACGUGAUGCCUUUAAGGUUAUCAAUAAGGAAGGUGACGUCAUCGGGGUCUACAGAUGUGACCAUUGUCGUGUCUUGUUUUUGGAUUAUGUGAUGUUCACCAUUCAUAUGGGAUGCCACGGAUUCCGUGAUCCUUUCGAAUGCAACAUGUGUGGGUACAGAAGCCAAGACAGAUAUGAGUUCUCCUCACAUAUAGCACGAGGAGAGCACAGAGUGGUCCUGAAGUAAAAGGAUUGAUUUUCCAAGAGACCAAAGGAUCUGUUUUAGAUUUGUUUGUUUUUUAAAUUUGACUAAAAAAAUUGCUUAAAUAUUUUUUGUGCCAGUUCUAAAAAUGUUAGUGUCCCUCAUAGUAGCAAAGUACUGAUGGGGCUUUUUAUUUGUUACUCGAAAUGCAGUAUUCUGUAGCAUCUGUGCCUAGAUACUGUGGUGACUGGCACUAUAUAUAAAUACCAAAGAUUGGCAGAUACAGAUUUUGUAUGAACUUUAUUUUUGUGAAAAUUAAUAGCAACUUAAGAUAUGUUUUUAAAUAUUUUAACAUGUAUUUUUGUUAGAACAUUGCUUCCAGUAAUAGUAAAAUGGCAAUCUAGCUGUAUUCUGAGUGAAAUACAAAGUCAAAUAUUGAUGUAAUAAUUCUUAUAAAAAAAAGUUGAAAUUCAGCAC